AAAAAGUGUAGAAACGAUAAAAAAAAAGAAUAUUUGUUUUGGUCUGAGUUGUUCGUACGUUUUCUUGUUCUGAUCGUGGACCGGCAACUUGUAUUAACUGAGCAUUUGACGUAUAGAAUAAGUAAAUAUUUCUUGUACAAAAUUGAGGUACCCAACUUAAUUUAGUUAUGUAACCGCAGACUGUUAACAGUACCAAAUAUUUCAAAAAUGUUAUCCACCAGCUCGUAGUUUGCGGGUUGAGCUUCUGGUGUUCUUGUUGUCUCUCGGAAAAUGGGCGGAGCUCACUGGGAAUGCAAGCUCUCACUUGCGGACAUCGACGUCCAUCAAGAUCUAUACCGCAACCGAUUGGCUCGGGUGGGCGGUUCCGCAGGUGUCUGACUCUCAUAGAAGGGCAGGGCAAGGAGAAGGUGAUCAAUCUUCAUCAGUCUACAUUAGCAAUCACCUUAACCACAAGGCGAGACAGGCACUCCAUGCAAGAAAUCUUGAAGGACUUUUUCCCCCCAAAGAAAACUUAACGGAUUAAACUGUCGGGAUUUGUGGACCCACCUAAAUCUUUUAGCAUGAUGUCAUACCUCAAACAGCCCCCUUACGGAAUGAACGGACUGGGGCUGAGCGGAGCGGCAAUGGACCUGCUGCAUCCAUCGGUGGGCUACCCAGCGACCCCCAGAAAACAGCGGCGGGAGAGGACGACCUUCACGCGCUCGCAGCUCGACAUUCUCGAGGCGCUUUUCGCCAAGACCCGCUACCCCGACAUCUUCAUGCGAGAGGAGGUGGCUUUAAAGAUUAACCUGCCGGAGUCCCGCGUCCAGGUGUGGUUUAAAAAUCGUCGAGCAAAAUGUAGGCAGCAGCAACAGAGUGGAAACAAUACCAAGGCCAGGCCAGCCAAGAAGAAAUCGUCCCCCACCAGAGAGAGCACCGGGUCAGACAGUAGUGGUCAGUUUACUCCACCGGCAGUGUCAAGCUCUGGCUCUUCUUCAUCCAGCUCCAUUUCUUCAAGUAAUACUGGAAUCACUAGUGCAUCUACCUCCAUCAGUACCCCAGUGUCCUCCAUCUGGAGCCCAGCUUCUAUCUCCCCUGGCUCUGCCCCGAUUGCAGCCUCUGUCACUGAGCCUCCCCACACUAGUGCGUCUUGCAUGCAGCGUUCAGUCUCCAGUGCCUCUGCUGCCUCUUACCCAAUGUCCUACAGCCAAGCCACAGGCUACAGCCAAGGCUACCCUGCUCCUUCCAGUUCUUACUUUGGUGGGAUGGACUGCAGCUCCUAUCUUACUCCCAUGCACUCGCACCACCAUCCUCACCAGCUGAGUCCAAUGGCACCGUCGUCUAUGUCUGGACAUCCUCACCACCACCUGAGCCAGUCGUCUGGUCACCAUCACCACCACCAUCACCAUCAUCACCAGGGUUAUACAGGAGCUGGAUUAGCUUUCAACUCCUCUGAUUGCCUGGAUUACAAAGACCAAACUGCCUCUUCCUGGAAACUCAACUUCAACGCUACGGACUGUUUGGACUACAAAGAUCAGGCGUCAUGGAGGUUUCAAGUCUUGUGAGAACUUUCACAAUCCACCCCCUUCCUUUUAACUUUAUUUUGUAUGUUUUACAUUUUUAUGAAUUUUAUUAAUCUAAAAGAUAUACAAAGUAUCACUUAAAGAUCGCACCAAACUUUUUUUUUUUUUUGAGUCUUACUUAUGGCCAACCAUACCAGCAAAUAACUUUUUUUUUUUUUUUUCACCCCCUCACCUCCCCCCCACUCCCUUUUCUGGGUAUACGAGAUGGAGAUUUUGCGUGGACAAUGUUGUGUGGGACAUAAAAAAAAAAAAAA